GACACUAGAUUGCUGGCUGCCAGCCCCUGCCACGGACUCGAUGCUGAAGAGCUAACAGGACCCACCCCCUGUGCAGUGUCAGUAGUUGCCCACCAGUUACUAAGCACUGGCGACCUGCUGACCAAUUAGUGGUCAGGUGAGCAUGGCUGCCGGAGCCACACUGACAGCCCGUAUCAGUUCCCCCAUCAGGCUAGCGGGCCAGGCCCUUGUUCAGGGGCAGUCGUGGCUGAUGCCUACCUGCCUGGCCCCCACCCUCCCAGGUGUGCUCGGCUGUUGGCUUCCCAGGCCCCUGGCAAGAAUAGCAGGCCAGGGGUCAGUGGGCUCAUUUUCGUCUUGGGACUCUGUACCCCUGAGCAUCUGGGCCCAAAGCUGCCCCAUGACUGCUGGACUUGACUUGGGGUUUGGAGACCCCUUGCUUUCCCAGGGAGGGCGUUCCUACAUGGCCCCCAAAGAUGCUGCAAACAGGCCCCAGGGUGAGGAAGGCCUUAGACAGAGGCAUCUUGGGCUCACUGGAGGGAGUGAAGCUUGGCGGGGGAAGGCCAGCCCCACAGGAGGGUCUUGCUUGAGGCCAGCGUGGAACAGCCAUUAAUUAAGGGAAGAUUCUAGAGAAGCAGGCUUGGGAGGGAGGAACUAUUUUUAGGAAUGAGUUGGAGUUGUCUGUGAGCCCCCACAUGGAGUCGGCCGUGGAGCUCAGGCAGAGGCGGAUGUGGGGGUGGGGGCCUGGGUGGAUGGGGUGCUGUGUGGAUGGGUAAGGGACAGAGUGAGGCGAGAAGACUGCCCAGGUGGGAAGAGGCCAGAGGAGAGGGCAGGUGGCCAGGUCAACAGUGCAGGGAAUGCGAACACCUCGGGUGCCAGGCGCAUGGGUGCAUGGGUCAUGCCCAGGCCAGCCCCCACAUGUGGGCUGGAGGUGGAGGGUCCAGAGGGCUUCCUGGAGGAGAUGGCAUCUAGCCAGGACUGAACAGGAGCGGCCCAGCGUGGGGCACUCGGAGCCUGUGGGGAGCUAGGGUUAGGAAGGCAGCCAUUGGAGUUGUCCAGGUCAGCAGAUGGUCAAGGCCGAGCCUGCCUUCAGGAGGCAAAGCAGCAAAGAAAGGGACGAGCCAGGUCGCCCCGGUCAGCAGGGGGACCAGGGCCCACAGCUGAGCGGCCAAGCUGGGGCCUACCCUCUCAGGUAGCAUCUGCCUGCCCCCAGGCCGUUGCCCACCAACUAAACUUGGGCAUGGUGGGGCCCCGGGACACAGCGCCAAGCAGGCCAAGGCGGAGGGUUCCCACCCACAGCGGACAUGGCCUCUCGGGAGCUGGCGGGGGCGGGAGAGGUGCCAGCCCACCUGCCGCCCCCAGGCACCACGUGCACUACGUGAUCCCGUACGAUGGGGACCAGUCGGUGGUGGACGCCACGGAGAACUACUUUGUGACGGACAAUGUGACCAAGCAGGAGAUCGACCUCAUGCUGGGGCUGCUGCUCGGCUUUUGCAUCAGCUGGUUCCUCGUGUGGGUGGACGGUGUUUUGCACUGCGCCGUGCGUGCCUGGAGGGCCGGCCGGCGCUAUGAUGGCUCGUGGACCUGGCUGCCCAAGUUUUGCAGCCUGCGGGAGCUGGGCCGGCGGCCACACAGGCCCUUUGAAGAGGCUACAGGGAACAUGGUGCACGUGAAGCAGAAACUGUAUCACAACGGCCACCCCAGCCCACGGCACCUCUGAGCCACCCGCAGGACUUGCCGCUGGCCACUGUACAGAUGUAACAGGGACCUUUGCGGCGCCGUGGCCCUGCAGGACUGGACAGUGGCCGGAGGCCACGGUGGCGUCAGGCAGCUGAGCCUGGGGGCUGGGCGUCUCCAGCAGCAGGUGCUGAGCCCUUUCUUUUUAUAAAGGGGGUGUAGGGUGAGAGCCAGUGGGGAAGGGCGCUGGGUUGGGAGGCAGAGUCCCAGCAUCCCAGCAGGGUGGAUGCCAGAGCAGACCAGGGCACUGGGAGGUCAUGCAGCUCUGCCCCAAAGGUGCUGGGGGUUGGGGGGCGGGUCCUGAGUGGGAGGGUAGGGUGAACCUGGCUGGUCAUCUGGGCUAAUGGUCAGAGCCACCUGCCUGGGAUCUUAUUUGCACCUGGUCUGGGAUUAUGUGUCAUAUAAAACCAGCCGGUGUUUCCUGUGCAUCGUGUCAGUCUGUCCAGCUUGGGUCUGUUGUCUGUCUGCAAGCUCAGGGCCAGGAUGCAGAGACGAGCCCCUCAAGGGAGGGUCUGGCAGGCUGGCACCUGCACCGUCUGCACACGGGAGCAUGUGCAUGGGGCGUGUGUGUGUCCCCAAGCAAGGGAGUUGGGGGCCCUUGGGGUGGGCCACUUCCAGCCCAGCAGCAAUAAGGCCUGAGCCCACCUAUUGCACGAGCAGCCCUCCUACCCAGGGCCCAUGGGGGGGAGGGGGCGCCUCACUGUGAUGUCUACUCUGGCCAAGGUCAGUAAAGUAUCCAGAAAGCUCCA